UGGGCCACAGAGAGAAACAGAUAACAGAAGGCUUGAGGAAAGUGAGCGAAGGCUGAUGUAGGGUGCUUAGAGAGGACAACAGUGAGAGCUGUUUUUAUUGUUUUUUUUCAUACAGGACGGGUAGACCAAAGAUAAAACACCUUUCCAAAAUGCUCUGCCAUGUAACUCGACCGGAUGCGGUGGUGAUGGAGAUUGAAGUGGACGCAAAGGCGAACGGAGAGGACUGUCUGAAUAAGGUAUGUCGGAAGUUGGGAAUUAUUGAGGUGGAUUACUUUGGGCUGCAGUUUUCCGGCAGUAAGGGGGAGAACCUGUGGCUGAACCUGAGGAACAGAAUCUCCCAGCAGAUGGACAAUCUCACGCCGUGCAGACUACGGCUCCGGGUGAAGUUCUUUGUGGAGCCUCACCUCAUUCUGCAGGAGCAGACAAGGCACCUGUUUUUUAUGCAUGUGAAAGAGGAUCUGCACCGUGGACAUCUGCGCAUGUGCUCCGAACAAGCCGAAGAGCUCAGCGCCCUCCUGGCCCAGGCCGAGUUCGGGGACUACAACCAGAACACAGCCAAGUACUGGUACACUGAACUCUGUGCCACAGAGCCCAACCAAGCCACCAUCAACAGUAUCAUAGCCAAGCACAAGGCUCUGGAGGGGUUGAGCCAGGCCACGGUGGAGUACCAGGCGCUGCAGCUGGUGUCGUUGCUGGAGCAUUAUGGGGUGGAGUGGCACUGGGUGCGGGACGCUGAAGGACAGAGGUUGGCUAUCGGAGUGGGACCAGAGGGCAUAGCCGUCUGCCGAGAGGACUUCACCCUGGUUAACAGGAUAUCUUAUCCCAUAAUACAAAUUGCCACGCAAUCAGGGAAGACUGUGUACUUGACUGUUACCAAGGAAACCAGCGACAGUGUGGUCCUGCUGUUCAAGUUAAUCAGUAAUCGAGCUGCUAGCGGGCUGUACCGGGCGAUCACAGAGACGCAUGCCUUUUACAGGUGCGACACCGUGACAAACGCAGUCAUGAUGCAGUACAGCCGGGAUUUUAAGGGUCACCUGGCUUCACUUUUCCUCAAUGAGAACAUUAACAUGGGCAAGAAGUACGUAUUCGACAUCCGUCGGACCUCCAAGGAAGUGUACGAUUACGCCAGACGCGCACUGUACAACGCCGGUAUCGUGGACCUGAUGUCGAGGCCGGGGGAGCGCACCCCGUCGUCCCGCUCGCCGUCCCGUGACCAGGAGGGGGCGCUGGACUGCGGGGGCUGCCAGCAGAGCCGCUUGCUACAGGAGAAGCUGCAGAAACUCCGGGAAGCGCUGCUGUGCAUGCUGUGUUGCGAAGAAGAGAUCGACGCCGCGUUCUGCCCCUGCGGUCACAUGGUCUGCUGCCAGAACUGUGCUACACAGCUGCAGUCAUGCCCGGUGUGUCGGUCAGAGGUGGAACACGUCCAGCACGUCUACUUGCCGACGUGCACCAGUCUGCUCAACCUGACCAUCGGCAGCGGCAGCAACAGCCCCGAACCCAUCCACCGAGGGGUGGCCGCCCACACCUGCACUACCAACGACUACUCCACCAGUGAGAAGAUCUACCAAAACUAAGCUCGCCUACCGCUUUUCCACAGGACUUUACUUUCGGUUGACGCGGCGGCAGACUAAGAGUCCGAGCGCCGCGGCGGUUGGGUCGCUCCUCAAUGAAAUGUUUUUGAAACCGUUGAGGAGACCGUGAAUGUUUGUCUCUUAAAUUAAUUGUAUCAGUUGAUCUGAUAAAUGUAUUUUUGAAAGUGUUUUUUUCUUUUACUUGUCCAUACGCAACAGCAUGCGGAACGUUAAAGCUGAUAUAUUUUUGUCUCAAACCUGCAAAAAUCUGCAUCCCAUGAGGAAUUGUAUUAGCUUUUGUUUUCUUAACUUAAUUAAAUUUUAUGUUUUUGCUUUUAAGAUGCAUUGUCCACUUUACGCAUGCGUUUAGUUUUUUUUAGUUUUUUGCAGUGGAUUUGAGUUUGUUUUAGGUUUGUCUUCAUAGUUUCCAUGCCAAUGAAGAGGUAUUUAUGGCGAGGGGCACCAACCCUCGCAGCACUUUUGAGUAGAGAUGAAGUUGUCGAACUACUGAUCCUCCAUUCAUAGAUAUACAACCAGCUUCUGACACUCCAAACUUGAGGCUUCUCAGAGGUGUAUUCUUUCUAAUAUGCUUUUUCACAGACAUGGUCAACCAGUGAUUAGCUUUGAAUUUAAAGGGUACUGAAUGAUCUGCUAACCGUUUUAAGAGAUUUUGACCUUUUUAUGCUUUGUUUUUGUGGAAGAUGUGAUAAAAGGUAUCUAUAGGAAAGUUGGUUUUUGUUUGUUUUUAAAUGAGAAAUGAUCUAAUUGACACUGUCACUUUACCAAGGAGUUUCCUAAGUGUAUUGUUCCUAGGGGUUUGCCUUAAUGUAGCAGCAACACGGUGUGUUUGAUAUGCAUUCUUUCUUUGCACAGACUAUUAUUGAGAGACGAAGAGGACUAUUUUCUUUACUGCUGACAAUAUUGAACCGUCACAGCAGGGGAUAUUUUUUCAAUUUGUACAAGUAGGAUUUGUUUCUGUUUGUUUGAAGCAAAAACUAUACUCUGUAAAUAUAGAAGUAACUCAGUUUUUUAUAUUUCUUUGAAUGAGCGGUAUUAAUAAAGCUGUUUUUUUUUUUAAA